AUGGAGGAACACCGAUGGAGCGUGUCUGAUAUAGGCCGCGCUUCAGAUGUCGCCAUUCCAAGAGACAGUGGUGCUGAACGUGGCUCACCCAUUACGUGCCCUGCAGACGUUACUGCUCGUGGAGAAAGAUAUGAGAUUAUCAAUAAUAGAAACAGCACUCUCCCAUCCGAAUCUAGCGUAAAUGCAGGCUGGGGACCCCCGCUUAGUGCAAUCACACUCCCGAACUCGUAUAUGCCCGCAGACAACUCAACAGCGGAUCAUACGGCAGAUGCAUGGUACUCGAUGCGUUCUUUACAUCCGUCUAUUCCUGCACCGCAGGCGGCAGGAUGGCCCUUUAAAGACAAGGCUGAACAGCCGCAAUAUCUGACUAAAAGCGGGGCUGAAGAUGUCAGCUUAUCAAUCCCAACUAUUAUCCCAUUACAAUCGCCUUCUUGGGAUCCAUUGGCGCCUGUUUCCGCAGCAUUGCCCAUGACAAACUUUUACCACCGCAGCAUGCAUCAGGAACCAUCUACGCCCGUCCCUACUACGAUGAAUCACCAUGAAACUAAACCCAGCUCGUUCGAUGAUAUGGGUGCCAAUAGCCAGGACUCAUCGUGGAAUGUCAAGGUACCGGAAGACCAG